AUGCUGAUGCUGUGCUACUGCGCCGGCGCGUGUCCGGACGGCGCCGUCAACAACACGUGCGUGGCGCCGCCCACCGCCUGGUGCUUCGCGGCCGUCAGCGAGGCGUGGGACGAGCGCAGCGGCCAGUUCGGUCCAGAGCGCACCUAUGGCUGCCUCCAGCCCGACGAGACGGGCUACAUGCAGUGCAAGAGCGCCAACAGCCCAUUCGCGGUGCCGACGACCAUCGAGUGCUGUCGCAAUCGGAACCACUGCAACCGGGAGCUGCGGCCUAUGUACGUGCGUCGGCCGGGCGACGGCGACCUGACCAGCGAGUACCUCGGGUACGACGACACUGUCCACCAGAUGGCGCUGCUGAUAUCAGUCACGCUCUGCCUCGUCAUCUUCGUCAUUGUGGUGGCCAUCGUCUACCUGAGGUACCGCAAGCGUCUGGAGGAGCGCCGCGACCCAGAUGACGUCAUCCCCGAUUACGAGGCGCUGAUCGCCGCCAGCCACGGCCUGGCAGAGACCAGCAGCGGCAGCGGCUCCGGCAAACCCUUCCUGACGCAACGGACCAUCGCGCGCGAGAUCGUCGUGGGCGAGACGGUCGGCCAGGGCCGCUACGGCCUGGUGAAGCGCGGACUCUACCACGGCCAGCCGGUGGCCGUCAAGGUGUUCUUCACGCUUGAGGAGGCCUCCUGGCAGCGCGAGAAGGAGGUCUACGAGACGUGCCGCCUGCAGCACCCCAACGUGCUCGGGUUCGUGGCGGCCGACAUCACGUCGAGCGGCGGCGCCCGCGGCUGCACGGAGAUGUGGCUCAUCAGCGAGUACCACAGCGGCGGAUCGCUGUACGACUACCUGCGCGAGCACGUGCUGCAGCCGAUCGACACGCUCGUCAUGUGCCUCUCCAUCAUACAGGGCCUGGACUACCUGCACAAGGAGGUGGUGGCCACCAGCGUGCGGCCGGCCAUCGCGCACCGCGACAUCAAGUCCAAGAACAUCCUGGUGAAGGCGGACGGCGAGUGCUGCCUGGCCGACUUCGGCCUGGCCGUCAUGUACACCAGCUGCGGUGAGAAGCAGCAGCUGGACGUGGCGUGCACGCGCCAGGGCACGCGCCGCUACAUGGCGCCCGAGGUGCUGGACCAGACCCUGGACGUGCGCAGCUUCGAGGCCUUCAAGCAGUCGGACAUGUACUCCACCGGCCUCGUCUUCUGGGAGGCGGCGCUCAGGUGCGCCACCGGCGACAAGAUGCGCGACUACGAGGAGUACGCGGUGCCGUACGCGGGCAUGGUGCCGGCCGACCCGAGCUUCGACGACAUGCACCGGCUGGUGUGCGUCGAGAACGUGCGGCCGCCGCUGCCCGACCGCUGGGGCCGGCACAAGUCGCUUGCCACCCUGAGCCGCCUGAUGCAGGACUGCUGGCGUCGCACGCCCGGCGCCCGGCUGCGCGCCCUCAACGUCAAGAAGCACCUGCUGGUCGCCGUGCAGGCCGAGCGGCGCGCCGCCACCCCCGCCGUACACCUCUAGCCGCGCCGCGGUGGCGGCGGUGACACCAGAGUUGGCGCUGGCUGCGGCGUGUCUGCAUUGGUGGCAGCGGUGGGACCUUACGCAGUGUUGGCGUGGGCGGCAAAUGCCCGCCAUCGGGACAAAAUACUGGCGCUUCCAGCGUGCCUGUUGGUGUCUACGUUGAUCGGUGUGUGUGUGUGUGUGUGUGUACGUGUGCGUACAUGCGCGUGCGAUUGUGGAUACGGGAACCCGGCGCCGCUCGGAGGCAGUGACGUGAUCGCUACCUGUGACGUCAGCAAGAGGCCGCGGUCGGCGCCGCCUACUGCGGCGAGCCGACCGGGAGCGAGCUCCGCCUCUGUCCCCGGUCUGUGUGUAUGUGACGUUGUCGACGGUCUGACGUCACCUCUGGGUGGCGUGACGUCACCCCGGUAGUCUGUGUGACGUCACCAGCGGUGAAUGCCGCGUCGUUACGGCGGUGCGCGUCGCUGCGACGGCCGGAACUGUGUCCUCAAGCGGGUGUCACGCGCCCGGCGUCCCCAGCGAGUCUCCCGAGAGCAAUACGGCUCGCGCGCGGUCUGCGCCGCUCUCCGAGGUUGCUGUGAUGGCGGCGCUGCGGCAGCCAGACCGGCCCGCCAUCUGUCGGCGCGCCUCGCCGCGCUGCAAUAAUACCGCGGCCGGUCCAGUCGCUGUCGAGUUUGCGGGCCCGCGUGGUGCGGCGGACAGGGCCUGUUCCAUCUUGCGUUGUUGUACAUUGAGUCGCUAGCAGUAGGAAUUAUCCCCUAGAUUCGAACGCUGCAUGAAUUAUACCCGAGAUUUGACCUGUGCACGACUUAUUGCCUAGAAUCGAUUGCUGUAUGAAUUGACCCCUAGAUUCGCCCGCUGUAUAUUCGUUAGGCCUGGGCUUUCUGCUACCCUCUGUUCGCUGAUGCUGCACCAAUGAUGCUUUAGGGCUAUCCGACGCCGGUGGGCGCCGGCAAUAAGCGGCUUUCUGAUUGGUCGCGACGUGGGCCGCCGCCAUCUGGUUGGUCAACGUCGGAUGGCGGCGGCGGCGCCGGCCGAAGUCGAGCAGCCCGCGCCCUCGCGUGCAGCUAGCAAUCUUCUCCUGCCUGUCUGAUCCUUCGGUGCGAUUGGUCAGCCCGCCGCGUGCUGUUGCGCGCGCGCGCUGCACGGUUUAUCUUGAUGCCGUCGUCGGGGCGCGGAUUCAAUACGACGAAGACGAGUGCCAAGAGGCGGGCCGGACGCGGCCCGCCCGUGUGCGUGAAGUGAUGCGUAUCUGUGCCAUCCAGCGAGACGGUGCUCCCGCCCGCGCCCGGCCGCGUGCUAACCUAUUACGUACGUACAAAUUUUGUACUCGGAUUUUGUACCGAACCUGAGCCGUAGUAAUAAUACCGUUAACAUGGAUCUGGUGUUUUGUUAACACAAAGCGGUGAGACUGUGUGGAAAUAAAUGGCGUUUGCUGCU